UUACGGAGAAGGAGGAAGAAGAAGACGACGAAGAAGAAGUAGUUUACCUUUUUAAACAUGGCGCUGUCUUGUUCGAGCCUGUAUAGAAAUUUGUCUUUGACCAGAGUGUGUUGCCUCCGGACAAACAGGGUAACAAAUGGACUUUAUUCUCCAAACGUGUCCUGUCAGUCAAGGCUUCCUGUCUUUAGGCUCUAUUCCUCGUCCAAAGUUAGAAGAGGUUUGGGUCGAUAUGUCACCUCCAGGCUCCAGUGGGCAAAUAGCAAAUAUGAGGGUUUCCUCAAAAGGAGAUUUCCCCGCUUUUAUCAGCUCUACCACACUUUUGUAGAAGGAGUCAAGUUACUGCUCCAGGAUGCCAAAGAUGUGAGGAGGAUAAAAGCAAAGAUGUUCUCAGAAGGAGUGAAGUUCCAGGAUUUGCCCUACAGGGAGAUGGAGAAGCUCAGACAGGUUCGCAGAGACAUGAUCAAGGCCAUUCCGCUGCUGGUGAUAUCUAUCCCUCCCUUUGCCAAUUACCUGGUUUUUGUUUUGAUGUACUGUUUCCCCCGCCAGCUCCUGAUCCCUCACUUCUGGACUCCCAAGCAGCAGGUGGAGUUUCGGGGACGAUACCAUUCCCUCAGGGCCCAGCACCACUGGGCAGUGCUCAAAGGGCUCGAGAAUAGGAGUUGCCAUGUCAAAGAUAGUCAGCUUCAGAGUCGCCUUAAGGACCUUUGUGCUAAAGUACAAAAUGGCAGAAACCCUAAUGCAUCAGAAAUUCUUGCUGUUCGAAGUCUUUUCUCUGGACCUCCUCUGGGCAUAAACAGGAUGAGUGUGAAUCACAUGAGACACAUCAGUCCCCUGCUCUUCCUGACGCCUCAUCUGCCAUGGUUCCUGCUCAGCCGACGGCUGACCCACCAUGCCCUGGAGCUGCUCCAGCUGGACCGAGCCCUCAGCAGACUGGGCCCUCACCAGCUGAGUGACUCUGAACUCAGACAGGCUUGCUUCGUGAGGGGGCUCGAUUCUGACAGUCUUGGCAUUUACCAGUGCCGUGAGUGGUUAUACCAGUGGCUUCAGAUGUCCUCCUCAUUGAAAGACUCAGAGAUAUCACUGCUUUUGCACAGCAUUGUAUUUCUGUCAGCAAACUACCCGAAUGGUCCCAGUCGCCACUGACAGGAAGUCUGAAGCAGUCUGAUUUCUGACUUAUUUGUGCACUAUGAAGCAUAGCUGUCGACAUCGUUUUUUCUAAGGAAAAAACAUUUUAAACUUGGCAAGAGUUUUAUGUUUAAGGGACAAAUCCUCUCAGACCAAAACUGAAAGCAAGUCAAAGUCAAAAGGAUCCCACUCAUUCUCGAUACAGUAGAGUUGUUCUGUUUGCCAUUUAAAGUUUUUAGCUAAAAGCUCCUCUCAUCAGAAGUGACACCCAGUCAUUUCCUCUAUUAAUAGUAUUUUCAGCAAUCCCCUUA